AUGGCUGCGCCCUUUUCUGUCAGGGGCCGCCCCACUGUGACCUCCUUCAGCGACUGUCACCUCCUAACAUGGCUCAUGUGGUAUCUGUCACCCUCUGUCCCCCAAGAGCAGGCCCUGAGGGUGGGCCGCCCCUGGGGCGCCCUGGCCCGAGGAGACCACAGCAGGUCAGUAGUUGUUGAUGGUCCACCUGCUCUCAAGAGCCGCCCAGGGCUGUGGCCACAGCUUGGGCUCCCCGAGGGCCCCCGCGGCCCAGGCCGCCCGAGCCGCUCCCUGUGUCUCAACCGGGAGAGGAAGUUGCAAGACGGCCAUUGCCGUGCGCGGCGGCUCGGCUCCUCCGGGUCGGCUUUCCCAGCCCGCGGUGUGGGCCUGGCCUGUGGACGUGCCUGUCACACCGCCUGGCCCGGCGGGAGGACGCGGGGGCGGGGAGGGCCAUUUCCUCAUUUUCCAGCUCGGCGAGGAGGCCCAGGGCGAGGGGUCGGGGCCCAGGGCUGGCGGGCCGCUCCGCGGGGCCAGCCUGCGGGACCCGCCCGUCCCGUGUGUGGCUAUGGCACCGGAGCCCCCAGCCCCGUCGCCCAGCGGGCCCCGGGGCCGCCCUGCUGCAGGCCUCGUGUCACUGACCGGGCAGGCAGCGUGACCCACCGCCCGCCGUGGAGGGAAGGGCAGGGCGCCCGUACCUGCCUGUCCCCUAGCAGCUGUCCGCUUGGGGUCUCAGAGUUUGAGAUGCACCACUCUGACCUGCCUUGUUUGGAUAUGGAAGACUGGAAGCACCCAGACGCCCCUCGGCCGGGGACAGCUCGCAUCGUGACAGUGACCACAGCCCCGGGAGGAAGACGCAGGACACCACCGCUCUCCUCCUGUAAACAGGAAAAUCCGUGACGGGGAAGACAGGAGAGGGCUGGACACAGCUCGGGCAGAGCACUGGGAGCACUCGCCCAGGGUGUUUAAGGCCCUGGGUGUGACCCCUGGGACAACAAAAAAGAAGAAAAGGCUAACCUGUAUCGUUAGAGAUGUUUAUAAAGAAAAGCGAGGUGUCAAGCGUA